AUGCCUACUUCAGUUAUCGCUCCACACAUGAAAGAAGCCUCCCAAACUAUAUUCGUCCAGAGACUUCGACGAUUCCCUUCCUAUCACAUACAUCGUGGGAAAUUUGAGAUCCAAAGCGUCACAAUCUGUUACGAUGACAUAGUCUCCAAUGUCUUCACGGUCAUAAGCGCAUCUGGUGAAGUUUGGAAUUCUGGUGCCCUCAAGGAAGGUGUGUGCAUGAUUUCUUUUAUUUUGGAGUAUAGUGUAAUCAGUCAGUUCGAAUCAAAGGGAAACCUUGAUCUCAGUUCAGCGGAUUUGGAGAUAGUUUCUUCCGCAUCCGCAUUCUUCAUAAAUUCAAUAGAAGGAAAGCCUAAUCGCCUUACAAUGAGACUUCUUGAGAAGUCCAAUAAAGAAUUGUUAAGGGAGGUGAAGCUCAGCCAUUCGAAUAUGGCAAUACCCCUGAAACAGAUUCUGAAGAUCCCAAUGCCAAACGUCCGAACCAUGUUCUUCAAUUUUGUGAGCUAUCCGGAGGCCAUCUCGGAAAUGGCUAAGAGGUGGACAGACACCGCGCCUGAAACCAAGAUGACCAUCAAAAUGAGGGGCAGUUUUAAUUGGAUGCUCAAUUUCAAGACUUCCUUCUUUUCCAAGAUCCUGGAAGAAUCGCAAGACAAAUUUGUAAUUGAGACCGAUUCUCGUGAUAAGGUCAUCGAGUUGAAGCUGUUGGACUUUCGAGCUAAGUGUCGUUGA